AUGAAUCUAGAACUAAGAAGUCCUUUCGAAUCGGAUUAUCCUGCGAAACUUGAAGCGACCGUAAGAGAUGGACCUGUUCGUUGUAUCAGCUUCAAUAAACGGGGCACGAUGUUAGCAGGCGGUUGUUCCGAUGGUUACUGCAUAGUAUGGGACUUUCAAUCAAUGAGUAUUAUUCGUAAAAUGAGAUGUCAUGUAAACUCAGUGACUAGCGUAAGCUGGUCACGUAAUGGUCGAUGUAUCCUCUCUUCCGGUGAAGACCACAAAUGUGUCUAUUGGGAUAUAACAAAAGGCACUCAAAAGUGGAUCCGUUUUGAUGGGCCAGUACUUAUGGCUGAAAUGCACCCAAGAAAUAAUUCUAUUUUUGUUGCCUCAAUAUACCAAGAUUCACCGGUAAUUGUAGAAAUAGGAGAUACAAUACGUCGGUUUCCAUUACCAACGAACGCAGGGUCUUCACCUGACGCGAAUAACAGCAGCAGUGAAGAAACAACGAAUUCAACUCUUUAUAUACAUAAAACAGUUGUAUGUCGAUACGAUAAGCGUGGUAACCGAAUUCUUACAGGAACGAAUAAAGGUUACUUGAAUGUAAUCGAUCCAAACACUCGAAGAAUACUAGACAAUCCAAAACUAAGUCACUUAUCUAUAAGAAAUAUUUCAGUUAGCCGUAACGGGAAAGUUAUUGCUGUUAAUAUUUCGGACAAAACUAUUCGACUUUAUGGGUUAGAUGACGAAAGGAUAGAUAUUAACCCUGAACUGCAAUUUGCGGAAACCGUCAAUAAAGAUAAUUGGAAUCAAUGUUGUUUCAGUCAAAAUGGUGACUAUUUAAUAGGAGGUUCUGGAAAAUUAGCGGCACAUGAAAUAUUUAUAUGGGAUAGAAGGACUACUAGGCUUGUACAGGUUUUACAAGGACCAAAUGAAACAUGUGUAGAUCUGGCUCAACAUCCUAUACAACCAAUAAUCAUAUCAGUAGACAUGGAAGGAACAAUGUAUACAUGGACAACACGACAUAAAGAAGAUUGGGUUUGUUGGGAUCCAGCAUUUAAAGAGAUUGAUGAUAAUAUAGUGUAUGAAGAAAGAGAAGAUGAAUUUGAUUUUGUAAGUGAAGAAGAAGCAGAAUAUUCUCAGAAUAAUCAAAUGAAACAAGACGAAGAUGAAGAUGAAGAUGAAGAAAUUGAUGUAGUGACAGUUGAUAAACCCGCACGUUCUGAUUCUUCUGACAUGGAAGAUGAUGAAUUAAUUUACUUGGUGGAUUCUGAGGUGGAGAGUUUCAUUAGCACAAAAACACUUGAAACUCAACAACCUGAAAGCUCAACGAGGUCAGAUCAAUCUUCGAACAAUGUAAUUAUCCCCAGUAGUACAAAUAAUUCGAGUAUGGGACGAAAUUCAAAAGUCAAAGGGAAGAAUAAAGCACGGAUAGGAAAUGAAUACGAAGAUAUGAACGGAUGGAAAAAGAAAUCUUAUCAUAAUUAA